AUGGCGCACGCCACCAAGGCCGCCGACGACCACGACGCCUCGCCGCUGCCUCUCCCUCUCCCGCUCCCAUGGCCACGCCCGGCGCCUCUUCUCGUCAUCCUGUCCCUGCUCGCCGCGGCCUCCUACCUGGCCCUCACGCGCGUCCCCGCCGCCUUCGCUUCGGGGCGCCUGAUACCCGCCGGGCUCCUCCCGAUCGCCCCUCCUCGCCCUCACCCCCACGACGCGCCCGCGCCCGGAGACAGCUGCGCGGGGUUCUACGCGGGCGCGGGGCCGGCGCGCGCGGUCGCGGCGUCCGUGGAGGAGUUCGGGGCCGUGGGCGACGGCGCCACGCCCAACACCGCGGCGUUCCGGCGCGCCGUCGCGGAGCUGGACGCGAGGGCCGGUGGGAGAGGGGCUAGGCUUGACGUGCCCCCCGGGAGGUGGCUCACGGGCAGCUUCAACCUCACCAGCCGCUUCACCCUCUUCCUGCACCGCGGCGCGGUCAUCCUCGGCUCCCAGGAUCCAGAAGAGUGGCCUCUCAUUGCCCCUUUGCCAUCUUAUGGGCGUGGAAGGGAACGGUUAGGACCACGCCAUAUCAGCCUCAUUCAUGGAGAGGGCUUAAAUGAUGUUGUGAUUACUGGUAGCAACGGGACCAUAGAUGGCCAAGGAAAUAUGUGGUGGGAGCUAUGGUGGAACCGAACUUUGAACCACACAAGAGGCCAUCUCAUCGAGCUUGUGAACUCAACCAACAUCCUAGUGUCCAGUAUCACACUGCGCAACUCCCCUUUCUGGACAGUACACCCGGUCUACUGCAGCAACGUGGUGAUGAAGGAUUUGACCAUACUGGCUCCCCUGAAUGCUCCAAACACAGAUGGCAUCGAUCCAGACUCGAGCUCGGAAGUUUGCAUUGAAGACUGCUACAUCGAAAGCGGAGAUGAUCUUGUUGCUGUCAAGAGUGGUUGGGAUCAGUACGGGAUCUCUCUUGGCAAACCGAGUACAAACAUCGUCAUUCAGAGGGUUUCAGGCACAACUCCGACAUGCUCAGGUGUAGGUUUUGGUAGCGAGAUGUCAGGAGGCAUAUCUAAUGUGCUUGUCCGUGACCUCCACGUAUGGAACUCUGCGCAAGCCGUGAGGCUCAAGACUGAUGUAGGGCGGGGUGGGUACAUAACCAACAUCACCAUAGCCAAUGUGACGAUGGAGAAGGUCAAGGUACCAAUAAGAUUCAGUCGAGGUGCAGAUGACCAUUCUGAUGACAACUAUGACCGAACCGCACUACCAAGGAUCAGCAAUGUGCUUAUCAGUGACGUUGUCGGUGUAGACCUGCAGCGAGCACCAAUGCUGGAGGCAGUGCCUGGUGCAGUUUAUGAAGGGAUCUGCUUCAGAAACUUUAGCUUAAGAGGCAUACGGCGGCAGGACAGGUGGCAUUGCGAGUCCGUGUAUGGAGAGGCGCAUGAAGUUUUUCCUGCACCUUGUGAAGAGUUCAGGAAAAAUGGAUCUUCGUCAUGGUGUGGAUUUCUUUGA